AGAAAAUUGGGCCGCCUAACUAAACCGCCAUCCUCAUCUCGGGUUCCUUUGUUAGUAGUUUAUUUCUAAUUGAACAGAACGUCUCAGAUCAGAAAAAGUGCGAACGCCGUCGUGGUUCUUCUUCUCGACGUACUCCACCGGCGAGGUUCCUCAAGGAAGAGGAGGCGCAAAAUUUGAACUAGUUGUUUGCAUAACAAUGUCAGACACUGUACAAGAGCCUAAAACAUCUCAUCAGCAACAAGAUUCUCAAUCUCAGCAAGUUUGUACUUUCUUCAAGAAGCCAUCUAAAGCUAAAAACAUAAGGAAAAGACCUGCGGCUGAUGCUGAUGAAGAAGACGACGAUGAUUCCAAAAGCGAGACCUCUAUACUGAACAAGCUCAAGAAAGUUGCUAAACCCGAUAACAACAAGCUGUUUUUCUCCUCUGGACCAUCCAAGAUCUCUGCUACUACGGCUCCUCCUGAGAAAGCCGUCGUCUUUCACUACGAUUCGUCCAAGGAGAUCCAGGUUCAAAACGACAGUAGAGCCACUGCCACUCUUGAAACCGAGACCGACUUCAACCAGGACGCACGAGCCAUCCGUGAGAGAGUCCUUAAGCGAGCUGACGAAGCAUUGAAAGGGAACAGAAAGAACAAGGCUUCUGAUGAGAAGCUCUACACUGGAAUUCAUGGGUACACGGAUCACAAAGCUGGCUUUAGAAGAGAGCAAACCAUCUCCAGCGAGAAAGCUGGAGGCUCACACGGGCCUUUAAGAGCUUCUGCGCACAUCAGGGUAUCCGCUAGGUUCGACUACCAGCCUGAUAUAUGCAAAGAUUACAAAGAAACUGGCUACUGUGGGUAUGGAGACUCGUGUAAGUUUCUGCACGACCGUGGAGAUUACAAACCUGGGUGGCAGAUUGAGAAAGAGUGGGAAGAAGCUGAGAAAGUUAAGAAGAGGAAUAAAGCUAUGGGAGUUGAAGAUGAAGAUGAUGAUGAGGCUGACAGCGAGGAAGAUGAAGAUGCAUUGCCCUUUGCUUGCUUCAUUUGCAGAGAAUCUUUCGUUGAUCCAGUUGUGACCAAAUGCAAACACUACUUCUGCGAGCAUUGUGCUUUAAAGCAUCACACGAAGAACAAGAAGUGCUUUGUGUGUAACCAACCAACGAUGGGGAUUUUCAAUGCAGCACAUGAGAUUAAGAAGAGAAUGGCUGAAGAACGGAGUAAAGCUCAAGGAUUGUGAAGUUUGUUUGUUCUUUCACAGGCCAAAACUUGCUUUCUCUUGUUUAAGGAAUGCUUUUUGUCUGUUGUGUUCGUCUGCCUAUAUACUGUAAUGGUCCUUUACAGAUCAGGCGAAGAGUUCCUUAUGUUUGAUACUUAUUAUUCAGCUUCCUAGUAGUCAUCGUCAGACCUGUAAUAGUCGUUAAACUGAAAUUCUGAAUAUCCUGAUUCAUAUAAA